GAACUUUGCUCGAAGCAGUAGAUCAGAAAUUACGAUUGCUAAAUAGGAAAACAAUGGGCAAAUUCAGUAGUUUAUCACCAAAACUGGGGGCUUCAUAAAUCUCGAUGCAAAUCUGUCACUUUCAAUCAUUUUCUCGGAAAUCAAACAGAAAAAUAGUAAAAAAGAAAUCCACAUAUCCCAAUUUAACCCGUCUUUGAUGAUUGCAUGGAAUUUAUGACAGCAGGACACGAGAAGCACUGAAGCAAUGAAGUUUAACAUUCCUCUCUGAUGUGUAUAUAUGUGAUCAUUAUUAUAAUAAUUCUAAUAUAUAGAAAAUUAUCAAGAAACUGAUUGCAGAGAGACUAAUUUUCCAGAGUCCAAAGAGUGUAGGAACUGAGGGAAUAUUAGACCCAACUCUUAAUAAUAACAAUUUUGGAUAUUUUCGGAGAUCCAUUUAGGAUUUGGACAAUAAUGGAUUUAUUUUGUUUUGGGCUUUCUUUGAAAUAGGAAGAAAAUGUCAACGUAUUCAAAUCCAACCCAAUUAUAAAAAAGGCCCAAAGCCGAACUACUAAAAAGAUUCGCAAUUUCUUCAAAACCCUUCACUAAACCCCAUCAGUAAAAUGUUACGCCACCUCCGAACCACCGUCCGCCACCGUUCCGCCAUCAUCCUUUGCAACCACCACAACCACUAUCACCGCUCAGCCAAGUACAACCCCCCCAAAACCGCAAAUCCACCAUCCCCACCGAAGCCUCCAAAAGCCCCUCAAAAACCACAAACAUUCACUUUCCAUGAUGUCACUUGGGAAGAUUCUUACCCCUGGAUGUCUUCUCUCCAAGACAAAGUCGCCAUGCGACAUAUGGACAUGUAUAUGGAACAGGAAGAGAAGUAUACUGAAGCUGUCAUGUCGGACACUGAACGACUCCAAACUAAGCUCCAGUCUGAGAUGGCCUCUCGCUUGAACUUUGAUCUCUCUACACCUCCACUCCGUUGGGGUCCAUGGUUGUAUUAUAGAAGGGUGGAAGAAGGGAAGCAAUAUCCAGUGCUAUGUAGGAGGUUGGCAAGCUUGAACGAGGAGUUCAUUUCGCAUAAGUCUCCAAGUUCUGGAUUUGAUUUUACUUCUGGGAAGAGGAUUGAACAGAAGCUGCUUGAUUACAAUCAAGAAGCUGAGAGAUUUGGAGGUUAUGCUUAUGAAGAAUUAUCUGAGAUAUCGCCGGACCAUAAGUUUCUUGCAUACACCAUGUAUGAUAAGGACAAUGACUACUUCAAGUUAUCUGUGAGAAAUUUGAAUUCUGGUGCAUUAUGCAGCAAGCCUCAUGCAAAUCGUGUUUCGAAUUUGGCAUGGGUCAAGGAUGGGCAGGCGUUGCUCUAUGUCAUUACUGAUGAAAAUAAGAGGCCGUAUAGGAUAUACUGUAGCAUGAUUGGAUCAACUGAUGAAGAUGUUUUGCUGCUGGAAGAACAAGAUGAAAAUGUCUAUGUAAACAUAAGACACACAAAAGAUUUCCAUUUUGUGACAGUUAAUACAUUUUCUCCUACAUUUUCUAAGGUCUUUCUGAUAAAUGCAGCUGACCCCUUUUCUGGCAUGAACUUAGUUUGGGAGAGUGAAGGUAUUGUUCACUGCGUUCUCGAGCAUCAUCAAGGAUACCUUUAUUUAUUCACUGAUGCACCCAAGGAUGGCCAAAUAGUUGAUAGUCAUUAUCUUCUUCGAAGCCCUGUUGAUUCUUCAUCCAAUCCUAGAAUUUGGGAGAAUGUAUUCAUUGCUGAUCAAAACUUGGUCAUAGAGGAUGUUGAUUUCUGCAACUCGCACUUGGUUCUUAUUACAAGGGAAGGUCGAAAAUAUGGAAUCUGCUCUGUUGCUCUACCAUUACCUGGUUGGAAGCAAGCCGUUCAUCUGAGAGAGCUUCAGCCUCAUUUCCUUCCUCUUCCAAAACAUGUUUGUAACAUUUCUCCUGGGCCAAACUAUGACUACUACUCCAAAACUAUGCGCUUCACAAUAUCAUCACCUGUGAUGCCUGAUGCUGUGGUUGAUUAUGAUUUAUCAAAUGGCAAGUGGAAUAUUGUUCAACAGCAAAAUAUGCUUCAUGAAAGAACCCGGAUUUUGUAUGGUACAGCGUUGUCUUCAGCCAUUGCUGAGAAGACAACAAAUGUGAAAUUUUCUUCUAUGAAUGAUGUCAAAUCUGAAGACGGAAACUUGUGGAAUGACCUUUCUGAAUUUUAUGCUUGCGAACAUCACGAUGUCUCUUCUUAUGAUGGGGCUAUGGUUCCUUUAACUAUUGUUUACUCACGCAAAAAUAGAAAGGAUAACCAAAGCCCUGGAUUACUUCACGGACAUGGAGCUUAUGGUGAAAUACUUGAUAAACGGUGGCGUAGUGAGUUGAAAAGUCUUCUUGAUCGCGGUUGGAUUGUUGCUUAUGCUGAUGUAAGAGGUGGUGGUGGUGGUGGUAAGAAAUGGCAUCAUGAUGGCCGACGCACAAAGAAACAGAAUUCAAUCAAAGAUUACAUCUCUUGUGCAAAGUACCUUGUUGAAAAAGAGAUUGUGCAAGAAAACAAGCUUGCUGGUUGGGGAUAUAGUGUUGGAGGACUCCUGGUUGCCUCCGCCAUCAAUUGCUGCCCGGAUUUAUUCCGUGCUGCAGUUUUGAAGGUUCCUUUUUUAGAUGCAACCAACACUCUGCUAUACCCCAUUUUACCUCUGACGGCUGCCGAUUAUGAAGAGUUUGGUUACCCUGGGGAUAUUGAUGAGUUUCAUGCCAUAAGGAAAUUUUCUCCAUAUGACAAUAUUCAGAAGGAUGCUCUUUAUCCAGCUGUAUUAGUCUCCUCAUCCUUCAACACACGAUUUGGAGUUUGGGAAGCGGCAAAAUGGGUCGCUCGAGUUCGUGAACAAACUAUUUAUGACCCCAAACACCCCAUUCUACUUAAUCUAAUGAUAGAUAUUGUAGAGGAAAAUAGAUAUCUUCAAUGCAAAGAGUCAGCUCUGGAGACUGCAUUUCUUUUAAAGACAGUGGAUUCAUAGGUUUGGCUUUUAGAAUUCCAUCCCAUGAUUCUGCCACUAUCUUCUGCAAUGCAUGGAAGCUACAAGGUUGGGGUAUAUAUAUCUGCUGUGCCGUGGCUGAACUAAGAUAAUACCAAUCACCUUUUACUCAACAUGCUCGCACCCAUUGCAGGGAAAAACGAUUGGAAUUUGUCUGGUCGCUUUGGGUUUAUAUGGAUUUGGAAUCUGCUUUCUUUAUGUCAUGAUAAUAGCCCCUUAUUCAAGUGGUUCAUCAUGCUAAAGCAGCCAUUGAUUUUUUGGCCAUAUGUUGCUUUCAUUCAUUGAGAUCAUUACUUUGUUAUCUGUAAAUGUCAGUGUACCUUAUCCCUUACGUAACAUCAAUGCUAAAACACUAAAAAAAUCCUUGGAAGAACUUUGAUUAUGUGUGUAUUUGUAUUAGACCUAAAUAAGCUUUUAAUUUUUAAUCAAAUAAUGUUUUAUUUUAUGCAAAAGAUUGUUUAUGUUAAGGACUUAAAUAGGUAUAUAAAAAGGAUAAAACUUUAUUUCGACAGGAAUUUAAAGAACUAUUUUUAUUGACAGAUAAUUAUUAUAAGUUGCUUAUAAAAGUUACGAGUAUUAAAACUUGAUUCCGUACAUCAUAGAACACUUGUUUUAUUUAUUGAUUACGAAGUUGGCUAAGUGAAAUAUUUGAUGGUAGAAUCAGUUAUACUUCUCAGCAACUUCUUGGAGACAUUUGCAGACCUCCUGGGGUUUGGAAAACAUGGGCAUAUGAUCGGCACCAGCUAUGAAUUUCACAUCAUCUGUAGGGC